CCAAUCAGUAGGGUAAAAUAGUAAAGACCGUUGGAUUAAAAAUUCAUCGUCCAAAAAAAAAAAAAAUUCCUUCCCCAACGCAAAUUUGCAGACCUAAUCCCUAAUUUGCAAACCCAUCUUUGAUACCUUAACUUAAUUUGCAGACCCACCAGCCACACCUCCCGGCGUCGCAAGCCGGCAUAAUGGACCCCGUUUCGGACUUUGUCAAGAGACCUAUUGAUUAAUGGGAGGAAGAGCAUGGGAUUUGUCGGUUGGUUUGAUUUUCCGUUGAUUGUGGGUCCGGGUUUCCAUUUCUUCAUCAUCUUGUUGCUCGUUCAUCAAAGAGACUAAAUUCGCUGAAGAUCUCGGAUUACAUGCGCUUAACAAUACUCAGACUUCUUCGAAAACAGAGGAAGAGGGAUCAUUGUCGGUUUUCGGGUUAGGAUUUUCGUCAGCUCCUUGAUGGUCAAGAAUGGCCAAAGUCAGGGACAGGACUGAGGAUUUCAAAGAUGCUGUGAGGCACACUGCUCUCUCUUUGGGAUAUGAUGAGUCUAAAUUGGCAGCCAUUUUGGCAAAUUUUAUCAUCCACAAGCGUCGCCAAAGAUCACCUUUCACUAAAGCCGCCCUCAAAACACUUGAGAGCAUUGGGACUCUAGAACAUUUUAUGCUGAAACAUCGCAAGGAUUAUGUGGAUCUGCAUCGAACUACUGAACAAGAGAGAGAUAGCAUUGAGCAUGAAGUCAGUGCUUUUAUUAAAGCAUGCCAAGAACAAAUUGAUGUUCUAAAAAACAGCAUAAAUGAUGAAGAAGAUACUUCAAAAGGCUGGUUUGGCAUUAGGGCUGAUAAAUUUAAUGCUGAUACGGUAGCACACAAACAUGGGGUGGUUUUGAGUUUAAGUGAGAGACUUCACUCUGUUACAUCCCAGUUUGAUCAGCUUAGAGCCAUACGCUUUCAAGAUGCCAUCAGUAAGGCAACACCAAGAAGAAAAUUUAAACCCGUUGUCAAGUCAAGUUCUGAAGACGCAUCUAAAUCAAACAAUUUAGACGUCAGAGAACUUGAUCAAUUUCGACCCGAGCCUCUAAAAGUUCAGCAACAGCUUUUGGAUGAUGAAACUCGUGCUCUUCAGGUAGAGCUGAGUAGUCUUCUAGAUGCGGUCCAGCAAACGGAAACUAAGAUGGUGGAAAUGUCAGCGUUGAAUCAUCUCAUGGCCACACAUGUUUUGCAACAAGCACAACAAAUAGAACAGCUAUACCUGCAGGCAGUUGAAGCGACAACGAAUGUAGAGUUGGGUAACAAAGAACUGUCCCAAGCUAUCCAGCGGAAUAGUAGCAGCAGGACCUUUCUUCUGCUCUUCCUAUUUGUACUCACCUUCUCAAUUCUAUUUCUUGAUUGGUAUAGUUAAAUCGAUUGACGGCAUAUGCUAAUUUUACCUCCCCGGUUUUGAAAAUGAUUACAUUUCUCCUUGGUACUUUUCUUGGGGGAAAAAAAAAGGAAAAGAAAAAAGUACCAGAAUUUGAAAAGAGGAAAAGCAAUCACACGGAGGAAAAACAAGUGAAACGCUUGAAGGUUGACGGUUGGAAUCGUGUUUCCUUUGUUAGAAAAACAUGUUCCUCCUUAAUGACGUGAUGUCAUUCCUUUAUGAGUUUGCUAUCGCCUUUGUCAAAAAAUGUAAUGUUUGUCUUGAGGACCAAAGUUAUACACCUAUUGUCGUUUAAGAAAAUGGCGACAUGAAUUUGUCAUCACCAGUUGUUUUUUUUUUUUUUUUCCGAGCUCAAACGACACGUCACUUAAUUUUAAAUUUGACGACACAGCAUGUAGACCAUAU